CUUCCAGGAAGCUGUUAAAUGACUGCUGUGACCCCAGCCACCUCUUCUCCAUGACGAAGGUGAACACCCCGCUGGGCGAGAAUCUCUGGUUUGAUGGAGAGCUCCUAUAUUCUCUGACCAUAGAUAACUCCACAUACAAUCUCUUCCCACAGGAGAUCCCCUUUAAGCUUCCAUUGAAGAAAUGCUCGGUGGUGGGAAAUGGCGGCAUUCUGAAAGGUAGCAGAUGUGGCAAGCAGAUUGAUGAAGCCGACUUUGUUAUACGGUGUAAUCUGCCUCCGCUGAGCAGUGAUUUUAUCCCAGAUGUGGGAACAAAGACCCAACUGGUGACGGUGAACCCCUCAAUAAUAGAUAAAAGAUUCCAGAACUUGUUGUGGUCGAGGAAAUCAUUUGUGGAAAGUGUUAAGGUAUACAAGUCCAGCUACGUCUACAUGCCAGCCUUCUCCAUGAAACAUGGAACGGAGCCCUCGCUUCGCGUGUACUACACCUUGGCAGACUUCAGCACCAACCAGACUGUUCUCUUCGCCAACCCCAACUUCCUGCGUAAUAUCGGAAAGUUCUGGAAAUCCAAGGGUGUUCACUCCAAGCGUUUGUCUACGGGCCUCUUCAUGGUCAGCGCUGCCUUAAGCCUGUGCGAGGAAGUGACCGUUUAUGGAUUCUGGCCCUUUCAAAUCGACCUGAAAGGGAAAACCAUCAGCCACCAUUACUACGAUGACGUGCCUCCUAUGACGGGGUUCCACUCUAUGCCCGAAGAGUUCCUCCAGCUCUGGUUACUUCACAAGACAGGAGUUUUACGAGUUCAGUUAGAACAAUGUGACACAGCAUCUUCCAAUCAGAAACCUCACUGA